GGAUCCAGACUGUUCACAAACAAAAACAGGGGCGAAAACAUAACCUCCUCCAACUUUGUUGGCAGAGGUAAUAAAUCAUUUAUGCUACUCCUGAAUGAAGAUAUAGGCUGUUGCAAUACAACACUUGUACUGAUUUGCAUUUAUCUUGGGCUUGAGAUACUUCGCACUGUGGCACUGGACAAUCUUGCCCUUGCUGUCUGUGAACUUAACUGACCAAACUGUAGAUACCAAACCUUCCUCUGAGUCUUCAGUGGUCUUGAAAACAAUGUGUGCACAGUAUUUGUUUCUAAACAGCUGAUAAAAGCAGUCACCCUUACCAGAAACACCUAGCCUGUCAAAUCAUUUCACUGUUAAUCUGACUAAAAAUUGCUGAGUGCCAUAAGCAAAUGCAACUAAAUCAUUUCCUUUCCGACUGUCAGGAUACCUUGAUCACAUAAAUACUAAUCACGUCUGUCCCUUUCCAUCAGAAGAAAUUAUAGAGGGAACUAGCAGACAUCAUACUGUAAUGUGUUGUUUGUUUUAGUUCACCUCUGACCAUAUCCCAUAAUGCAGUGUGCGUUCAAAACUCUAACUUGGCUUAUUGGACUCAUUGACAAUAGCCUUAACAGUUGGUUUCAAUCUUACCUCACCAACAGAACAGAGUACAUUUCCUUUGGAAAUGCAAGAUCCCAGACAGAUUGUCACCUAUGGGGUUCCCCAGGGGUCAGUCCUUGGCCCCAUCCUUUUCACAUCAUACACACACAUAUGUAUUUGGCCAUGUCACCAGUCGCUAUGGACUCAUUUUAUUGCUACAAUGAUGACACACAACUUUACGUGAAAACAAGCUCACACACUCUUCUGCACCUUCGCCAUCAUUGUCGUCACUAUCAUCUUUUCUAUCAAUCCUCACCACCUAUCUGGAUAAAACAACUUUCUCAAGCUGAACAGCUCCAAUAUUAAAAUGAUCUUGGUUGGCAUUCCAUUCCAGAUCCAGUCAUCCUCCAUAACCAGCAUUACAUUCUCUGGCCAUGACAUUCCUGACUCCUCAUCAGUCACCCAGCAACUCACCUUUAAAUCAGAUACCAAACACCUCUGUAAGAUCUCUUUUCACAAUCUCAGAAAUACUCCCAAACUCUGUCUCACGCUCACUUUAUGAGAUGCAGAAAAGCCCGUCCACACCUUUGUUUAUGCCAGGCUGAAUUUCUGCAAUAGACUUCUCAUUAGGAUCCCUACGAACACAAUGAAAGUACUACAUUGCAUAUAUAUUUUAACUUUUAGUCACUGCGAUUUCCUGAGAUUAUCAUUCGAUAUUGCCUGAAGUCACUUGAGGUUGGCAGCACAUGCAGGAUAACACUUGAAAUUUGUUUCUGUGUUCCACUAGACAUAUAUAAUUUCCUGCAUAUGUGUGAACAUAAAGUUCACACGAGGUGCAGUGAGCUUUCUAAAAAAACAAAACACAUUUCCUGUCCCACAGGUGAAAUUGCAGAUGACACAACAUGAGUGGAACUUUUUCAGUCACAGGUUGCGACAAAGAUUUGUCAAACAUAAUCCGGAUAUUAGUUGUGACUUGAUUUCAAUCAGUUUACCAUCAUCGGAUAUUUCUUUCUUUCAAGCAUUCCAUUGUCAUUGCUCCAUUUAUCACUUUUAGUCACUGUGAUGUUUGAGCUUAUCACUCACAGAAGCUCAUAAAACACAGAUGGCAUUUCACUCUUAAACUCCUCCUCCAGUGUAAAUUCCCGCUGCCAGUUGUCCCAGGUUGCGCAAUUGUGUUCGAGCUUGGGGAAAUGACUCACUUCCUCAUACUGACUAUAAAAGGUGAAACACUUCUCUUCAGCUGCAUAUCCAAGAAGGAAGAAGACAUCACCUCAGCGAAAAGGAAAGCUGAAUCUGAGAACUUCAAACAUCCUCCGUGCUGCAGUUUGCUCAGUGCUUUUAACUUGAUUUGUUAAAGGAAAUCGUCCUUUUUUUGUUUUACUUCGUGCUUUUUAGUUGUCGCACAGUUUGAAAACAGCAAAAUGGUGAGCAGCAGAGUCAUCGCCUCUUCCACUGUGGUGCUUUUGGCCUUUCUGACCAUCACAGAAGGGAUGAGUUUGAGGAGCCUGGGUGCAGAACAGCGCUGUCGGUGCAUCCUGACAGAGGACAAAACAUCAAUCAUCAGCCACAUUCAGAAGGUGGAGCUGAUCCCGGCCAGCUCUCACUGUGAGGAGACUGAGAUCAUUGCCACUCUGAAGACAGGUGAAGAGGUUUGCCUUGACUCACAGGCUCUCUGGGUGAAGAAAGUGAUCCAGAAGAUCCUGGCCAACAAAAAGCGUUGAACGUUGCGUCGACUAGACCCUAGAUGCUUUUCUUCUGCUUUGUCUGCAUCAGAUGAGUGAAAAAGUGCCACAAAAGUGCAAAAGGUUCAGUGCUUUCACCAAAAUGAAGAUGAAAACUGCGGUGUGCAGAAGAAUCACAUGGUUGCAAUCAUCACCUUUUGUGCUGCAGCGCCACGUCUUUGUGCGAGUCACUCUAGAUGUUCUUUAUGCCAAAGAGUAUUUAUAUUGAGACACAUUGCAUUCCACAAGGUGGUCUGUUGUCCUGAUUAUCUGUCAAAAACAGCACAACUUAACCACUCAUGUUAUGUUUGUAUCAAACAUAUUGUUAUGUUAUUUGGUAUUUAUUUUUCAUCAUUUGUAAUAUUUAUAAUGAACGUAAUAUUAUUUAUGUACCACUUGUUUGGUAACCAACUAUUUGAUCCCUUUUGGUUGCUUGUGAAGUUUUGUGUUUGUAACGUUUGUAUUUUGCAUAUUUAUAGACAGAUUACUGUACUUUAUUAAUAAAUAUUCACAUGAAAAUUAACAGAUGUCUGUUUG